GUUCAAGAUUUCUUCACCUAUCAUGGCCGACAUGUUGGGUUCGAUGGGUAGACUGGGCACUAACAUGGAACAAAGAAUCAAGAUGGCGACCGCUAGUAACUCGGUCGAAAUAGAUCCUGUGUUUAUCAAGGCUUUGAAGCUUCUUCACUCAAAGCACCCUGAUUCUCUGGAUCAGCUUCGUACCCUUAGAGAUGAAUUCGUCAGACAGCACAGCCAGCAAGCUCCCACGUCUUCCAAGGAGAAACCUAAAGAAGUUAAAUUGGGACUUCACACUGAGAGGAGACCAAGUGCAAUAGUUUCAACUGCUGAAGUGAAAGCCAAAUUGACCGAGAAGAAACAAGAGUCUGAACCAAAGCAGAGUAAUCCAUCUGUUAAAGCAGAGCCAACCAAGAGUUUUCCUAUUGAAGAAGCCAAUGUUGAAACAUUGGAAGUUGGCUCGAGCAUGAUUGAAACUGUAGAGCUAAGUUCAAGCUCCUUCAUGGAUCAGAGUUCAUCAAAGAAAGCCAAGCUUCAAUUUGAUGUGGAGGAUGUUCUAGAUGAGGGAGAUUUAGAAUCUCCGACGGCUUUGCAACCUGUGGUUGAUGACCUAAUGAUUGACUGGGGAUCUGUUUGCAGUAUUUGUUGUAGAGAUGAGAGCAAAAUUCUUGGGAAUCAGUUGGUAGAAUGUCAUGAAUGUCAUUCACUGUAUCACCAGAGGUGCCAUGAACCACGUGUUAUGGACAGUGAAGUCAAUGAUCCACGGCACGUGUGGUAUUGCGCACAAUGUGUGAGGAGAAUGAGAGAGAUGGCAAGCAGUGCAUCUCCUAAAUCACGACAGACAGAGUCUGCAACAUUCAGUAAACCACAGACUUCCUCUCACAGACCUAUUCCUUUGGCUCCCUUCAAGAGACCUUCUAUUAAUGAUACUAAGCCUGUUUCUUCUCCCACUAUGCACCAGUCGUUUGCCAUUCCAGCUCUGAGCACAGCCUCAUCAUCAUCAGCUGGGGCCAGCAAGCUAUCUGUAAGCAGUGGGGCAACUUCUUCACAGAAUGUUGCUGCAAUGCAGCAUUCUGCAUUAAAAAGACUACAGAUGGUCAAGAAAAAGGCACAACAGCGUGUGUUAAACCAUCAACAGAUUCGCAUACCCCGGAGAUAACUUGAUGUGUUGUCUAAUUUGGUCUAUAAUCAAAUUACUUGGUCAGGGGUUAACAGUUUGGUUUGAGUGUCGAUCUUUCAAUCUUUUCCAGAAGUAUUCUUUUCCUUGAUGAGUACGAGUCUCAGUUGUAAAUUAAAACAAUCUUAUCUGUUUGAGCAAAAAUUUUGAUCAUGUUCACUUACAACUGACAACUUUUAGGGCCUUUGAAGUUUGUAGCAAUCAGGGGUUUUGUGUUUCCAUAUGUCAACUAGAUUGGCUGAGGAAAACAAAAACAGAACACCUGAAGGAAACAAUUAACUAUUGCCACUACAAAAUCAACAUACCAGGUAGGCGGGUUGCAAAAAUGUAUUAGGAAGGAUGGUGGGGGACUGCAUAAUACAGGUUUGACUGUAUCCCACUGAUGGUCCAGGGGAGACUCUUGGAGAUUUGGUUAGAAUUCCACCCUUGUUCAGGGCAAAGUUGUUAGGAUGCAUAAGUUUAGGGUUAGUCAGGAUCACUGCCACGUAUUUGGUAUUUUUUGAGUAGACACCAAAAUGAUGAACUCAAGGUGAAUGAUGUAAAUCGGUUUAUUUGUGUGAGACCCAAGAAUUUCAUUUUCAAACGACCUCAUUUACAACAGAGACAAUGUUCCCAGAGGAAUUUUUUUAAUUUGAUUACAAAGUUUGUCAACUUUAUAUGAACAUAUAUAAAUGACUAUUGAAAUA